AUGGGCGGAACGGAUCGAAUGGGCCUGCGAGGAGUCGAGUGCGCGUGGGAAAGAUCGCUCCAGGAUCGUGGAAUGCAAUGGCUGGGGAAGUUUGCUGGGUUCACGAACGGCCCCUGUAUGGCGAGGCAAGGCGAGCGAGAAGUGAGGACGGGGAACGAAACAGACCAGGUACCUGGGGGAGGUACCCCCAUUUCAGCGCUCCAAUCCAACUGCGUCCCAGAGAGGCAAGGAGCAGCGGCCAAGUGGGUCGCCCAGCGGUGGACACACGACCAAAGGCACAUCACCUCGAGCACCUCAAGACGAGGAAAGAGUUGCAACAUUUACAUAAAUGAUGAGGUAAAAUCCUGGUGGGGUGCAGACUGGAACUCGAUGUCCACUGAGUUUGCCCAAGAUUGGCAGAUCCGGGGAAAGAGCGGGCGGACCUGUUCCCUCAACGGCGUGGAAUUCUGCAAAGGUAAGGAAUAUCUAGCACUGCCAACUGCCAUUGAACUCCCCAGAUUGGACACUCCCGUCUACGCAUCCCCGUAUCUCGUUCUUGACUGGGCUUUGGUCAUUGAUUUUCAGUGUCUCGGACCGCCUGGAUUAACCAUUAAAGACAGCUGUGCUCAACGUCAUUACCUAGGUACAAGAAGGAUAGUAUUUGGCCGUUUGCAAAUAAGAGAUGGUCACGUUGGCCACAUCUUAAAACGGUUCGUUUCAGUCGCUUUGCACAGAUUGCAACAAGAGCUUCGAUACUACCGGUACCUAAAACCAGGCACAUCGGUUGCUACCACUAAUGAUAUUCUUCACCAUUGGGAGCCUGACGCGGGAGAAACAGCACCUCAGCUAGACGGCAGCCGUGCAGUCAAGUGGAUUGCGAGCACUCCAGUAUCCAAAUACUGCACUGAUGAGGCUCUCUCCCCCCACCGCCAUCUCAUUGGAUCGAGGGACCAACCUGGAAAGCUUGGAUCAUCUCCCGCCCCUGCGGGAACAUGGGGGUGGCUGACGGGGAGCAACCUCGCACCUCAGCCUGCACUCUGCAGAUAUCUGACUCUUAUCACUCAUAUCGCUCACUUUAUCGCACUUCCCGUCACCGUGAUUGAGGCUUGA